AAGUGAUAAGAUCCAGCUUCCAAGACUGCAAACUAGUUUCUAUUUGUUGUCAAAAUGUAUUCUUCCUCCUCCGCCUCUAUAAAUGACUUGUGGUUAGUCAAAAGAAAGAGAUGUUUGUAGAGUGAGCAUAUUUUGACAAUUGAUGUAAAAAAAAUAUAUAUUUGGACAAUUAAUACUUUCAAUGAGAGAGAGAAAUUGUUUUUCGUCACUUCUGAGCAUCCGUAAAAUUAUUGCCCCUGACUUAGAUCGUCAAUUGUCAGUGGGAAAGAAAGAGACAAGAAGGUGGCAGACACCAAGUCACACACAGUAGCAGCUUCAUUCAGUCAGUGUUGCCGAUUAUUAAAAUCUACUGACACUUCCUCUCCUACACACAUUGCCACAGAACCCAACACUAAGCUCUUUACUACUAACCGGCCCUGUCUACUUUCUCUGUCUCUUCCGAUGUUCGCCAAGUGACCACCACCACCGCAACAUGACGGGGAAAACCCAAGAAAAAAAAUAGAGUUUUAGAAAUGUCUGUUAUUAUAAUAACUAGAGAAAUACAUUAAUUGUGUUACUAGACAUCAAUGUUGAUAGUCUCUACCGAACGGAUUUCAUUUUUCUGAUUUCUUUCUCUCAAUUAUAAAAGUGAUGUAAUAACAUGGGUCAGCUUCCUCAGUCCGUCUUUCUCUUUCAUAAAGCUUCCAUCGUUCUCUCUUACUCAGCUCCACAUCCACACCAAAUAUCAACAAACUGUAAAGAUCCUUUACUAAAUCAUAGCAAGAAUUAAAAAUAAAAAGAAAAUAAGACGAGAGACAAAAGGCGAGAGAAUAAGAGAGAAAAAGGUGAAUGGGUGAAAGAGAAAGAGGAUCCUUGUUUUAGUCGUGUCCUCUUGUUGAUGAUGCUGGAAUCUUUCUAACUUGAAGCUCCGAAUCCCUCAGUUCCAACAGCCGAGUUGUCGAUUUCCAACAACGUUACAUUUUUAAUUAAUGAGAUGACAGUACAUGAUUCAGAUGUUGGCUUCACAAAUAUAAAACUGUGGGUUCGAUUGAGACCAGGCAGCUUAUUGUGUUCUUGAGCAAAGCACAUGUCCAGUUUACUUAGCUGAGAAUGAAUAGCAGUUUGAGUCAUCUGAUGACUUGUUCUAGAAUCUGAUUUGCUCUCAGUGACGUUUCCACCAAAACUGGACCAGAUUAAUAUCAUUGAGGUAACUUUGAAGAUCAGAGACAGGCAUUUUCUAACAGUUUACUAAGAAACCACUUUAUGUAAUGUCUUCGAGAAAUGAAGAACCUCAUUCUAAGAAAGAGCGAAGACGCAGUAACAGCCGGUUACAGUUAGAGGAGAAUGUAUUCACAACUCAAAUUUCUCAUUACCAUCAAACAAUGGGUUACUAUGCUGGUCUGGCCCCUCCAUUUGUGCCAGAUCGUACAUGUUACAAUAACAUCAAUUGGUCACCACGAGCGCCCCCCUGGACUGGUUGGCCUCCUCCUGGUGGAUGGUUAAACCAUUCUGUUACAAAUGGUAAUGUUCUUUCACCUCAACAGUCAUAUCCCUGUAGAGUCACUAACCGUGUCCCUCCACCUUCCUUUAAUUUACCAUCUGUAACACAACCCCACAGCUCAUUAGUAGACCCUAUUCUUGGUUCUGUACACCCUACUACCCCUGCCAACCUUCGGGGCUGGUAUACACGCUAUCCAAAUGACAUUCCACUACCAGAGCUGCCUGUGGUCAUGCCACCCACUCAGUUAGAAAACAUUGACUGUCUGCAUCCAGUUGGCAAUCACAUCCAUGCAGACCUUAAUUUCAUUGAGAAAACUGUUGUACAAAAAUGUGAAACAACGACAUCGGUGUGUGGCGGGUCAGUGACACGCAGGUCUUGGUACAAAAUGCCUGAAAAAAGCCCACCACCACCACAGACGAAAAAAGAGAAACUUACAAAGGACAAUGAAAAAACUGGGAACUUAGGUGGGGUUGAAAGUACAGUGCCAAACAAACCAAAUAACUUUGAAAAUCCUGCUAUUAUUACAAACAAUUUUAAUUGUACCAAACUGUCAACUUCAAAUUCUUCAAAAUCUUCCAACUGUCUUCCAGAUUCUGUCACUUCUUCAAAUUCUUCAAAUAACUUUGCUGAAUAUUUUCUCAAAAGGCUCAUGAAAAAACAUCAAAAUGAAUCAAAACUCAAUAAGAGCUCAAAGACAACUAGUUCAGAAUCUGUGAUUUCUGAUAUUUUAACUACUAAUUCUAACCAACAGAACCAUAUUCAGGUGACGUCUAGUAGUCAGUCUACCCUUAGUCAUCUUCCCAAGAAACACCAUAUCAUGGCAUUGAAUUCCUCAUUUUCAAAACAUAAUCAUCAUAUAAUCGAAGAUGUAAUAGAUUUGUCCAGAGACACUGACUCUUCUCCAUCACCACCUCCACCACCACCACCACCACCACCGCCACCACCAUCUCUUCCUCCUCCUGCUCUUAUUGUUACUACUCCUACUAUUUCUGCCCCUCCCACAGUCUCUGCUCCCAAUCUUUCCGCUCCUUCUGUCUCUGCUCCCUCUGCUCUUGCGCGACCCCGAUCUUCUGUUGUUGAAAAAGCCAACCACCAAAACGACGAAACUCCUUGUGACUUGGUGAUCACCAGUUCCUACUCUUUAUCUUUGUCUGGUGUUCCUCACAGAUCAAAAGACCUGAUAGCAGCAACUGGUGCUAGUAACGUCACAAAAAAGCGUAGGUUGCCAGACAUUAUAAAUGUCAGCCUUGAAGACAAUCAAAAAGAGAAUCUUUUAUCGACGGACAUUGUUCAGGACUACAGAUUAAAGCUGGAAAGUAGAUCAAAACGUAAAAAAUACGAGCCACGCAAGCGGGAGAACUUGGAACUGGAUGAAGAUACUUCCUGUUGGCCUCCAGAGUCAAUGAACAAAUUAUUAGGCAACAACUAUGAAUCUUCUGCCAAGAACUAUAUCCCUGCCUCUAUAACUAAUAAAUCGCUAGGUGCUAACCAAACUGAUAAAUUUUUUGACAAAACCAACAGCAGCAACAAUGCUCCAGAAUACUGUGAUAUCGUAGAUAUUUUACAUUCUUUGUCUAAUUCGAGCUCAAAUCAAAGUCCAGUGGAGACAAACGACAAAAUGUGGAAGUGUUGGCCUGAGGAGAGACAAGUUGAACGCAGGACAAUUAACCGUCAUGGGAAAAGUGUUAACAAUGAAAAGUGUGUCACACUGGAUGACACUGAUGAUUCUGACGGAGUUCAAGCUGGCGAAACGAUGGCACCGAAAUCUGUGAUUCAUUCAAGGCAAUCAGUCGACACUCUAAGUACUGCUGAAAGUUCUAUGGACUCUUUGAAAAACACAAGCAUCAAUUCCAAAGCGACAGAAAACAACGACUCUUUUGGAGAAAGAACUCUGGAGAAAGAAAUUGUUUUUACCAUUAUGGAAGAUAAGGUCAGUCCAGGAAUACAACCAUUUUCUCCAUUGUCAAAAGUUUCUGUUUUAAAAGAGAAUUCAAAUUCCACUAAUUCAUCAUUAGACAAAUCUAUUAAUACCAGAAAAUUAUUAACCGAUGCUAAUCCAGAUGUUGAAAUUACCAAUUCUUCUUGGGUGAAAAUCAAACAAAAGGAAUUUGAAUCAUGUAAAUCACCAGUUAAACUUCAGGAUGACCAGCAGAAAUCUGAUGUGGAAUCAACUGUAAAAGAAGAUUUAUCUCAAUUGGUUUCCAGUGAUGAGAGUAGCAUUAAUUCCACUGUGUGUUUGUUACCAAGUCCUGACCGAAGUCCAUCUACUAAUUUUACCAAUGAUGAAAUCUCUAUAAAAUCAGAUUUCAAGACCCUCUCAGAAGCGUCUGCUGUCUAUGCUCCAUAUUGUCCUGUCAAACCAUCAACCAAUGACGGCCGUCAGCGCAGAAAAGGUCAAAGUUUGUUAGAGAAGGCUCUAUUAGCAUGCGAAAAUGAGUUGGCAACUUCCAAAAAGUUUGUUUCCUUAAGUAACGAGACUGGAAAGAACAGUGUAAUCACCAAGAACUGUCAAGUAGGGAUCGAGAAAUCUGAGGCUAGACUGACAAUGGGAACGGAGGAGAAUAAGAAGGAAGGAAUAGAAAAUAAGGAGAAAGACUGUGCUCGAACGGCUGGGAAUUCCAAAUAUUGGAAACAGAAGAACCAAUUCAAUAGUUUCCAAAAGGAUAAACAUGUUUUGGAUGAAAGUUUCUGUCCCAGAUCUGAAACUGAAGCACCAAACUCUGUUGAACAUUUCAAAACUUACAACAACAACAACAACAAUACUGAUGGUGAUGAUAGUGGUGAUGAUGAUGGUGAUGAUGAUGGUGAGGGUUGUGGUGGUGGUGCUGAUGGUGGUCACAAAACAAACCCUAAACUUCCUGUUGAAGAGAAAACCAGUGAUAAACUAAUUGUGCUGAAAGAUGUGAAAGAAGAUGCUUGGACAGCCCGAACAUCACCAGGCAUCAUUGCUGCUGUUGUUUCAUCACAACUAGGGGAGGAGGAGGAGGAGGAGGGAUCUCAACUGUCACAACAACAACAACAACCAAACUUAAGACAGCUUCAAAAACAACAAACACAAGAAGAAUUGCAAGAGUUAAAAACAAAACUACAGCAAGAACAACAACAACAACAACAGUCACCCCAACUACAACAACCACAGCCACCACAACAAAAGCAGUCCCCACAACUACAACAGUUACCACCACCACCACCACCACCACCACCACCAGAACAACAACAACAACAACAACAGCAGGAACAGCAACCAAAUGAAAUUGUUGUUGGUAGUUGCUUAACCGAAAUUGCUCCAAAGAAACUCGAUAAUGUUGCUGCAGGUGAUAUCUUUCAAUUGAUUAAUAAUGAGAAACAAGUCAAAGAUAAUGAGAAACAGGACCAAGUGACUGUGGUUCAUCAAUCUGAAAUGAAUUUCUUAAAUCUUUCCAAGAAAAUCUGUGUUAUUGAAGAAUUGGAAGACUUGAACAAAGCUCCGUGCUUGGAGGUCAGUGAGAAUGGGGAUAUAAAUAUUGUUGCCAUAGUAACUGACUAUGAAGAACCUGUUAGUGAUAAUCUGUCAAAUUUGACCAAAUCUGAGCAUUUAUUAAAAGAUACUGUUCAUGCUGAUGUCAUUGUGUGUCCUGUUACAGAAAGUUGUUCAAUGGAAUUGGCCAAGAAUGAAACAUCGGUUGACAUUUCUGAUGGUUGCAAAUCCUCUGUGAUGUCCAGACCAGAAGAACCAGUACAAACAGACAAUGACAAGAUUCUGAGUAAAGAGAAGUCAGCCAAGACAUCUGUGGUAGUUCCAUCAGAUUUAUUGGACAAAUCUUGCAAAGAGGUUGUCACGAAAACAAAGAAUGGUGAAAUAGUGUCUGUCAGUAGCUGUGGUUUCAUCAGUGAAAGGAUUUGUGACUCUUCUGCUGUUGGUGAACCAUUACGGAAACCUGUUAAAAGUAAUUCAAAACCAACCACGAAAAACAAUCAGUGCAAUCCUUUGUUUCCUCUUCCUUCCUGUGAAGUGAAAUUAUGCAAAACAAUCACAGACUUCAAAGCUCUGUACCCUGAUAAAAUUCCCAAGACUUUAUACUCAGACAAAAAAAAUGAAAAGCACAAAGAUGUUAAAAGCCAAGGAAUCUUAAAUUCAUUGUCUUUAGUUGCUAAACCCCAACCGAGGAAAUUCAAAUGGUCCAAACAAGUAAGGAAGAGUCGUUUGCUAAAGAAAUUCUGCACUAGUUUUAAGAAAAGAACUAAAUGUGUAAAUAAAAAGUCGUUUCAGGAGGUCAAGUCUUGUGAAAAUAUAAGAGAAAACCACAUUGAAACAUUAUUUGUUGAAAAUCAGCUUUCACCAGGAAACCCCUUUCAACUGCCCCUGCCAUUAAAAUAUGAUUUACAAACCCUGCAUAAUAGAAUUUUAAUGAGUUGUCCUGUCAGAUAUGGCCGUGUUUUCACUUCUCCACAUUUGAUACAGCAUCAUGAAGAUCCCAGUUCAUUUCAUGACAAGCAAAAUCAAACAGACCUUAAUUUCACUGGAUGUGUGACUCAUGCUUUCAGCGGGAGUUGCUAUUCUCAAGUGAGCAAUACUCCUCCUCAUUCUAUCAUUCAUAAAUUUGUCAAGUUCCAUGGUCACAAACUCCUCUGUGUAGUCAUUAAUGUAAAAAAAUAUGUUAUUGUCCGAGAAGUUGUUCAAAAAUGUUUUCUUGGCAAAAAUCAAACUGUGUUUUAUCGGACUAAAUAUAGAGACUAUAGUUUACCUUACUUAGAGCUGCCACAUUAUAUGAGGUCUUUUGCCUUGAAGUACCUUUUAGAAUCUAGUCUGGUCUUCAAUGGUAAUCGAGCGACGCCACUUGGUAUCAUGUUAUUGUCUGAUGCAGAACUCCUCUAUCAUUUCUUCUAUAGUUUUAAAGAAUGUAAGCUUGUAAAAUGUGUCCAAGACUGGGAUCCAGAUAAUACGGGUGUUUUUGAUCCUAAAUGGUCUGAAGGUUUGGGAGAAAAAACUGAACAAAAUACAUUUGUGUCUGCCAGGGAGAAUCCGGUCGAAUCUUUACAUAAAACGGGUUAUAAAUGCUCUUGUCUCUGCCAACAAUCUCCAGCAGAGCCAGGUUCAUUGACAAAACUAGAAUGCUGCAAUUUAUAUCGUAAACCACCGAAGCGGCCAGUGUCAGGCAUAUUUGAACCGUCAGCAGAAAGUUUUAAAUAUAAUGCAGAUAUGGAGACUGACUUACAUAAUUCUUUAACACUUUAUGGUACGUUAAAAACUUGUCUGUCACAUAAAGAUUCUACAGAGCAUCCAAUUCCAGACAAAUGUCCAUCGUCAGUAGAUUUGGAAACAAAUGUUUUGGGGUCAUCAUUAAGUCUAAAUUGCUCAAAUGGGGUUUUCAAAUCUCCAUCUGAUGGUAUACAAACUUCCUCUUCUUUGCCAGGUCUCUGUGAUUCUGUUCCCCUGUCAAAUUAUGAACUAAACAGUGAACAACCCAACGGACAAACUGAUUCUGAUAAGGAUCAGAACAAGGCUGUGUCUAUCAGCUCACCAUCUCCAGACAAAGAAUUCAUUUUGGGAGGAAUGACACAGCUAAGUAAUAGAGUUGUAAGAUUUAUUGAGCACAAUGGAGAGAGAUAUUUUCUUCUGAGUGAUGUCAAUCCUUCAUGGAUAUCUUCCACAGUGUUUGACAAACUUCUCUAUCACAAUAUUGCAGUACAGAAAUGUUCCUUGUCGCAAAGUAGUUUUUUAUUAAAGUUAAACGAUAGUCUACCUCAUGUUGAGACAGAUGACAUGUUAUUAGUUGCAGAUAAUGUUUUACCACAACUGAAGAAGUGUUUAACAGGCAGUGAAAAUGCUGCUAAUUUACUUCAAUGUGCAGUGUCUUUGCCUCCAUAAACUGCAACUAUCCUCUCCAAAUCUAAACACUCUCCUCCACUUGGUCCUCACUUCUUCCUUUUGAAGAUUGAGGUGAGUCAUUCUGGAGAAGCCAUCUUAAUAAAUAAAUAAAUAAGAGAAGUUUGUGAAAAGAAAUUGUUUUAGUUUAUUUCUCCACAGUGACAAUUUAAAAACAAAUGACAUUAAUUGCUGAAGACAGUUUUUUUAAAAAUUUCAACCUUUACGAUAGUAAGCUAUCUUUGUUGUUUAGGAAAUUUAAAAGCUGCUCAUGUUUUUUGCUGAAUUCAUUGUAUAUUUUCCAUGUCCAUCUUUCUACCCCUCCUUUUCUUUACAACUGCUUUAUGCUGAUCAAAAUCAUGACUUUACAUGUUUCUUUAUAAUGUAUAAAAACUAAACAAAAGCGUCAAUUCAUUAAUUUACCAAAUAUUUCAUUCCUUCUUUUUUUGUCGUGGCUGUUUUCAGAAAACUGUGAUUUUUUUCCUUCUUCAGAUUCAUUAAUGAAUUUUAGUCUUUUUUCAAUUUAUUUCACCAACAUUUUCAGAACAUUUUUUUUUUUUUACAAAUGGCUGCAACAGAUUGUGUGUGUGUGUGUGUGUGUGUGUAUUUAUCUUCCACUCCUUUUCCUUGAUAUCAGUAAGAAAAAUCUUUUGGAAUCAUGACAUAUGAUAUCCUGUCUUGAACUUUUAUAUACGUGCAUGGUAUAUCACUGAUUAUAUUAAAUGCCAAACUCAAGUUGUCUCAUUUUACUACAACAACAACAACAACAACAUUUAAAGGAAUUUCACUGAACAAACAAAUCUGCUGAGAUUGGACAUUUUUUGAUGCAAAAGUUAAGAACAAAGAGUCUUGUUUUCUUUUCUCUUAGAACUUUAUCGAUUUUGUUUUAUCUUCAAUGCUAUGCAUUUAGUGAACUUUACAGAAUCAUUCAGUAGUCGUCAGUCUUGUUGAAUAUAGGGACAUUCCAACCAGGUUUUUAUGAUUUAAAAAAAAAAAGAAAAACUUAAUAAUUUCCAUUUUGCUUCCCUAAUACAAAAUGGAAUCUCUCUUCAAUAUUCUCCUGCUUUUGGAAUCCUGGGUAAAUUCUUUGAGCAGUAAUCACAACCCUUUAGCCGAACAGUUGCCAGUGACUUUGGCAACUUGGAAGUAUUUGGAGGGAGGGGCAGUGGAGAUUGAAAUGAAAUGUUUGAAAAGUUUUACUUCAAAAUAGGUUAAUGCUGCUGUAGUGAUACCAAAACUGUGUUUGUGUAUUGUAAAUGGUUUUUGUUUUUUUCCCACAACAACCAUAGAACCUAAAAGUAUGAUCUGUUCUUAAAUUGUGUCAGAAUGUUCUCUCUUCCAAAUUUUUAUUCUGGGAGUUCUCCUUGACAAUCUGUGUGAGAUUUCAUAUUUAUUGUGGCAACAUUUAUUUUUAUUUUUAUAAUUCAUUCUCAAGCUCAACUAUUUCCUCCGUGUUUAUCUGUAUUUGUAAUUUCUGUGUGUGUGUGUGUGUGUGUGUGUGUGUGUGUGUGUGUGUGUGUGCUACAUACAUACAUACAUAUAUAUAUAUAUGAACACACACACACACUAUAUAUACAUAUAUAUAUAUAUAUAUAUAUUUAUAAAAGUAAUAUGUGUGUGUGUGUGUGUGUAUGUUCUUGUGCAUUUUAUGUUGUACCACAUGGAAAGGAUUUACCCUUUUCUCAGAAGCCAACGAUUAUGAGGAAAACAAGUUUGUUGAUCCUUACUUUACAAUGGUUGAAACUGUUAAAACUUGCUGGAAAUACAUUCAUGGUCAGAUUGGUCCAUGUUUUUUCUUUCUUUCUUUUCUUUUUUAUAAAAGCAAAACCCAAGUAAAUGGCUGAGACGAUGCUUUCAGUGGAAGAACUUCUUCAGGUGAUUCAUGUCGAAAGUGAUCAGCUCUGGAAUUAUUUUACUUUUACAAGAUUGACAGGAAACUAACAACUCUGCUAAUAACCUGAUGGUUUUCAUUCUGAAAUCUGAAGAAUACAUCAAAGCGAUACUACCAUCUUUUCUGGAGUUAGUCACAGGUUCAAUUCAUGCUGUUUCCUCAUUCCAUUCAAAAUCAUUCAUCCAUGUCAAAACUGCUGAUAUUGUUUACUGUUUAAUCAAGCAUUAUUCUCCAUAUUAAUGUGGAGUGUAAUGCUUGAAAAGGCUUUCAUGUUUUAGGUUAAUCAGUCAAGAGUUUUUGCAGAAGAACCGAAGGUUAGUUUGUUUUUAAGAUUUCAGUUAAUGUGUUAUUUGGUAGGGAAGAUCUCAAAAACAGAAUGUAUUGGGU